CGAGAAGGACAACACUACCACGGUUCCGCCUAAACCCAUCAACACCACGAUGAUGUAGGCUUCCAGCAUAUAUUCCUCAACAAGCGAAUAAACUAGAACGAAUUUUAUUGAGUUCAACACUUGGACGACACAAGGAAGCAAUGGAACGAACGCAGAAUGGCGCGGCCGCCUACAUUGCUGACGAUCGGAAACGCACUCUCUGGGAUCGCGCUACCCAACGAUACCACGAAGAACUCAAGAACCAUUAUAACGACGACCUCGAACAGUGCGUCUGGCCCACGACUUCCAUUGACCAACUCUAUGAAUAUGCGAAGAGCACUGCGGAUGCGUCUUUGCGCAAGUCGCUCUUGCGCGCACUUUCGCGUCUCAAACCGGGACUUGGUUACCUGAGCGACUUCGUAUCAGCUUUGGCGAUUUGUAUAGGCGUCGACAUAAGGAUAACUGCGUUAAUUUGGGGUAGCAUUCGCUUGCUGCUAAUGAUCGCAGCCCCGCUUGGUGAUAUGCUUGACCAAGUCAUCACUCACCUGGAAGACCUAACUUACACCCUCCCGAAGCUUGCACUGUAUGCAGAAAAUCUACCUCCGAACCCAAGACUGGAUGACGUCCUCGUUGAUGUCUACGCAGAAGUGAUCUGGUUCUGUGCGCAUACGAUCAGCUUUUUCCAAGACCAUCGCUCUCAUUUGACACUCAUUCGGAGAGACUGGCCAAGACUCACUACUGACUUGGAGCGAUCGAUUAAACGGUUGCGCCGUCAUUCUGAACAGGUGGAACUCGAAGUGGAAGGGCUCCGCCACAAGUUCAGCCCCGUUCAGCAAGAGCAGUUCAAUGCUCUGAUGCGGAGAAUGACCGUCAGAGACGACUUCGAUUCAUCUUCUAAAUUACGCUGCUUCCACGUUUCGCUCUCUUUGAACGCGCGCUUCGUCCAACGACUUGAGCUCGUCGACAAAAUCGGAGAGGCUUUGGAUUACGUACCAGGAGAGCGCCGCGCUCGUACACUAGCUAUUUACGGCAUAGGAGGGGCUGGCAAAACGCUAGUUGCGCUUCAAUAUGCGUACCGAGCAUACGAAAGGCAGACGUUUGACGUCGUCCUUUGGAUAUCAGCAGAUUCGCACGUAAGGAUGAUUCAGGACUAUCUUGCAAUCGCGCAGCACCUUGAACUUAUCCCGACCGUUUCCCGACCUGCAGAUCCGACGGAGGCCAUGACCAAAGUAAAGGCAUGGCUCGCAGAUCGAAAAUGUUCCUGGCUUGUCAUUUUUGACAAUGCUGAUGAUUUGGCCACCUUGAGCCAUGGCUGGCCUGGCGGUUUCCUUGGGUCAAUACUAAUAACCACACGAGACUAUAGUGCGGCUUCCCAUCCUGCCUCAGAGGGCUUGCAAGUAAGACCAUUCGAAGUCCAAGCUGGCACAGAAGCCUUCUUGCAUAUGCUUGGCUCAGGAUAUGAGGGAGAUAAGAAUGCUGAACUUGCACGAGAGAUCACAGAAGCUGUUGGCGGCCUACCUCUUGCACUGAAUCAAGUCAGCACGUACAUUCGAUCUCAGAGGACCGCACUGGAGGAAUUUGUGCCCCUCUACAAGAGACGCCAGCGAAAGAUCCAUGAGAAGAGACCAGAAGGAUUCGACUCUGCGCUUACUGUCGCCACCGUAUGGAAUAUAGCUCUACAGAAGUUAUCCGGUGAUUCUGCCACGCUUCAAAAACUCCUUGCGUUCUUCGAACCAGAUGGAAUCGACGAGGCUCUGCUUCAGCGUGGUGCAGAAAAGAUGCAGGACGAAGACACAAGAUCCGGGGUCGAGUUCACGGCAAACGAGCUACAAUUUCUGACAGAUGAAAUAGAUUUCAACGACGCAAAAUCACCACUCUUCCGCGCAUCGCUCAUCGACCGGGACUCAAAGAGGCGGGCCGUCUCCCUCCAUCGCUUACUCCAGUCUGCAAUCCUCUACGAACUCAAGCCAGAUGAAAAAGCUCAUUAUCUGUCCAUGAGUGUCAGGCUACUGAAAGAGGUCUUUCCUAGCUCCUGGUCCGAUGAUAGUGAUGGCUACGUUUUCAAGCAAUGGAACUGGUGUGGCAUCUGCCUUCCGCAUGCUCUUUAUAUGGCAAGGCAGCUUUCGAAUGAGAGCAUGAAAGAGUCCGUCAUGAAUGAUUUCCUAGAGUUGCUAAACCGCAGUGCAUGGUUUUUAUAUGAGACGGAAAGCUACUCAGACUGCGAGUUUCUUGUCAAGACCAGUUUGCGAAUCAUUUCGAAACACAAACUGUCUGAAUCUCGGCCCUAUUCCAUGGCGGUCAACUUCCUUGGUCUGAUCGAAAUCGACCUGGGCCUUCCGGUCCAGGCUCUCUCUCACUUCAAAGAAUGUCUCGACCUCCGAUACAAGCUCCUACCCGAAGAUGACUGGGGUAUUGGCGUAAGCCUUAGCAAUAUGGGUUUGGCCUAUACGGAGAUGGGCGAUAUCACCAAAGCCAUGGAGUAUCACUCUAAGGCGCUAGAGUUUCGUAAACGCAUCAAGUGCCGCUUAAUCAACAACUCCAUCUCAAACAUGGCUUCUCUUUUGCUCCGGAAAGGUGAACCCGAGGAGGCAGAAAAAUGGAUCAGACAGAUGCGCGGUUUUGAAAAUUUCAAAGAUGACGACUUCCUCCAAGCCGACAUGCCUCGUUUUGCAGGGGACCUCGUCCUAAUCAGUAUGAUCCGCGAGGCCCAAGGCAAAAUUCAAGAGGCCUUGGACACAAUGAUGAAGGUCCUGCAAUACUAUCGGCGUAAAUUUGGAGCGCGAUUCAAAACCUGCGACUCCCUCUGCCGGAUUGCGCAUCUGCUCAACAAGCUACAACGUCCAACGGCUGGCUUGAUCUUUCUUGAGGAAUGUACUUCCAUUGCUGCUAGCUUGCCCCUCGGCGAAAACUACUUGGCACUAGCCCAUUUCCGGAUCUACCAGAUCAAGAGCGCACUGGGUCAGCCAGCGCAGGCGAAUCAGAAUCUGAUGAAGGCGAUCGCCGCCCGCGAGACAGUGCUUGGCCGAACAGAUGGUCAUCGGAGCUUUAGGUUUGGAGAGACUGAGGAGGAGGCCUACACGAGAUUGGUACCAUGGCUGCUUUGGUAAGGAACUCGGCUGAUCUUUGGUUAUGACCCAUGUGGUAUUUGCAGCCAAGGGCACUCCGAUUCAAUCGCUUCAGCUCGCUCCUCCUUGUAACAGUCGCUUUCUUUAUGCGAACGUCCGUUCCUUAAGUGUGCCUAGCUUCCAAAUAAUGACCCUAUAUUAAUGGUUCAUAUGAG